CCCUCUCAGGUAUCAGCUGCGCUUUCACUUUUUCGGGAAUCACUGUAGAAAAAUGGUUUCUCAGUUGGAAAGUGCAAUGGACAGCCUUAUCAAAGUCUUCCACACAUAUUCUUCCAAGGAAGGGGACAAAUACAAACUGAGUAAAGCUGAGAUGAAGAGCCUUCUACAAGGAGAACUAAGUGACUUCUUAGCUGCAAGCAAAGAUCCACUGGUUGUGGAGAAGAUAAUGUCUGAUUUAGAUGAGAACCGAGAUGGAGAAGUGGAUUUCCAGGAAUUUGUAGUUCUGGUGGCAGCACUUACUGUGGCAUGUAAUGACUUCUUUGUUCAGUGUAUGAAAAACUGAUACCUGUUCAGGUCAUCUGGAUUUUCUCUUCUGCUUUAAUAAAAUGUAUUGCACUGA